AUGCCUCCAGCCGAGACACAGCCCGGCCAGACAAUCCGGCAGGCCCGCGCCAUCAUAAAACCCGUGCUAUCCAAUCCUUACGCUACGCCAUGGCCUUCCCUCCCCAACCAUCUCCAGAACGGCGUCAUGGCCGCGCUGCCGCAGCUCGUACCGGACGCCGUAGCUGAAUACCACACCGACAGGGCGCGGUGUUCGGCAGCUGCGAAGCGCGCGCGCCGGAAAGCUAAGCGGGCAGAGAUGGAGGUUGAGACUGAGACCACGGACACCACCGAGGAGGAGAAGACGCAGAAGGAGGUGCCAACCCCUCCGGAGAUUCUUGACCACCUCGUCCUCGGACUUAACGAGACGAUCCGCGCCCUCGAGGGUGCAAUCAGCGCCCUACGCAUGCGUAUGGCCCUCCUUGCGGACAGCAACCCCCGCUUCCUCCCCGCUCAACCUGGCGCGGAGCCCGAGGCUGAAGCGGCGGGCAUCACCUACCUCCUCGUUCCCCAUACGUCCGUGUCUCCUCUCGCCCUUGUCGAUCCCCUCCCCACUUAUUGCGCGACAUACAACACCCUUCUGCGACAGGCAUCGACCAUCCCCAACGUGAAGAAGGGCAUGCUGGGACAGGAGAUCCGUAUCGUACCCCUCGGUAAGCGAGAGCAGGAACUUGCGCUGGCUGCGGGACUUCGGCGGAUUACGAGCAUUGGCGUGCGCGCUUCUCAUCCAGCUGUUGGUGUGCUUGAGCGGCUGCUUCAGGCUGCGUUGGCGCCGCCGAGGCACAGCAUGACGCUGCCGUGGCCGACGACCCGGUUGACGGUGUACAAGGGCGAGCCGGAGAAGGAGUCCGAGAAGGGAGACAAGGAGAAGGGAGACAAGGAGAAGGGAGACAAGGGCGAGAAAGGCGAGAAGACUGCACCCCACACCCCCAUCGCGUACGCCCCUCUGCACAUUAAGGCCAUACACACGACGAUGCCAGUCGACCCUGAUGCACGCAAGGCCACGCGCCUCGCCCAGGUCCGCGCCAACCGUGUCGAGAAGAAAACGCAGCGCGUCGCAAAGCGCCACGAGAUGGAACGCAAGGUACGCUCCGAGGUGUCGGGCAAGUUUAUCAAGGGCCGGGCGAGCCGGCUUGCAGACAAGGCCGCAAAGGCGGCAGCGAUGGACGUCUCAUAG